AUGGAGUUGAAGGUUCGUCUGGGAAGGGAAAAGAUAAGGGUCAAAAUAACCAUUAGGGUCUCAUUUGUCAAACAAAAGGGGGCGAUUAGGGUCUCUUUUGAAUCGAACGACGAAAAGCCUUUCAUGUCGACGACUUGGUUGGGCUUUGAAUUCGAUUGCCCUUAUUUGUGGCUAAGAGGAUUGAGAAUUAGAUUAGUUCCAUUCUCCCAUGCUCUCAAAACUGUUCCUCGGAUCUCUUUGCCAUACUGUGGAUAUGACUUGAUUUCCGCUUUGAAUUCAAUGCUACAUGUUCUGGUUGACAUUUUCAAUGACUUGCAUGUAGUAUCCUGUCCAUUGGUGGAGAGUAAUGUGACUUUGGUUGGUCAUGUUGAGCCU